UACAAUAUUGAGCUGGCAGACAGAAAUAAUUUAAGGUAUCGAACAGCUUUGAUUGAGUUUUUAUCAAUGUGUAACGCAUGUAACAUGUUUAUCCAGUGUUUUCACGUGUAAUAUUACCAACAUCCAUGGCCGCAGUGUCAGGAUUUCUUUUUAACCAUUAAAAGCGGUGUAUCAAUGCAGAACGAUGGAGUCGUUUGGCCAGAUUGUCUGAGUCUUGCGGUACAAUACAGAAAUUAUCUUCUUGUACGCCGUGAAAAAAUAGAUUAUUAUUCUCUAACUGCGCCGAUCGCUUUAACUAACGAAUUUGUACCGCCAGCAAAAACUUGUCCUACUGCGUGAACAAGUGCAACCAUGGCUGUUGGGGAAGGAUCAUGUCUGAGUAACGUUACGCCUCUUUCGGCAUUAGCCGCCCAAUGUCGACAGUUAAACAACAAAACGCCUCCGCCUUUAGCUGAUGCUGCCAUAGGCCGUUACAGCACACCGACUACAGCUAACCACAGCAAUUCACCCGCAUAUCACGGCUACAGUGGUGUCUUGGAAGGAAAUCGUAAUCGCCAUUAUUACUAUCAUCUUCAUCGUUCGCGUCGGCGUUCUCGCGCACAACUUUCAACUCCCAAUAAUUCCCAGUCUUCCUGUCACGCAUCGCCGAUUGAUAGUCAGACCGGCAUUCCAACGGCAGCACUAUCUCCGCCAGCUUAUAGCGCCACAGAAGGAAAGGUCACCAGCGGCACUGCACAACGCGCAUCCUUUUCAGCGCCUUCACGCAAGCCAUCAGCGCAGCCGCUGCCAUCAAGCAGCAACAGUCAUCCCAAUCUGCAUCUUCACCAUCAAUAUCUAUUGCCGAACAAUUUGUCUUCCGGAACAGGCGCCGUAGCACUUCAUCAUUCAUCACCUCAUCUGCCCGUGCAGGCCACGCAUCAGCCGGUGGCUGCAGCAGCAGCAGCAGCGCCCGCAUCAUCCCCGUUUGAUAUGUUUAGUAAUACCCAUACGCCCCCAAUGGGAUCCGCUGUGGCGCAGUCGCCCGUAUCCGGCAUGUACGGCCGCAUGACCGCCAUCUCCAGCAACAACCACCACCACCACCAUCACCCGUACAUCGAAUCCUGGCCGUUUCCCUCCACCACCACUACCGGCGUCACCAUUAAAACGGAGGUCAGCGCGCCAGCGGCCGCUUGGUGGGAUUCAUACGCCACCGGCACCACCGCCGCCAACAUGACGCCGCACUCGUGGAUAUCGGAGAUGGCGGCCGGCGCACCGGGUGCCGUAUCGGCCGGCGCGCCCUUUCACUCCCACCAGAUUGCGCCCAGUUAUGCGCAGGAGUAUGCGGCGCACGCGGCGGCCAGCGCCCUGGGCUCACUGCAUCUGACGCCGGCGCAGCAUCUCCUGCAGGACACCUUCAAAUCCAUGCUCCCCUCCCACACCGGCAGCGCCGCGUCGCAGUUCCUAGCUGCCGCCUCCCAGACAACGCCCACCGGCCCCGUGGCCAACUCCCGCACAACCCGCCGCUACACCGGUCGCUCGACCUGUGAUUGUCCCAACUGCCAGCAGAUUGAACACAUGGGUCCGGCCGGCGUGCAUUUGCGCAAGAAGAACAUCCACAACUGCCACAUUCCCGGCUGCGGGAAGGUCUACAAUAAAACCUCCCAUCUCAAGGCCCAUCUGCGCUGGCAUACGGGUGAGCGACCAUUUGUUUGCAAUUGGCUGUACUGUGGGAAACGCUUUACCAGAUCGGAUGAACUGCAGCGUCAUAUACGCACGCAUACAGGUAUUAAUUCAGGUGAAAAACGGUUCGUGUGUUCCAAUGCAAAAUGUCAGAAACGUUUCAUGCGAUCCGAUCACCUCAGCAAGCACAUGAAAACCCACACGGAAAACGAGCUGGACAGUGAGAAUGGCGGCAAGGAGAAGGGCGCGGAUUACGCCAACGGUCACUGUGACACUCCCAACGGCAUGUCCGCAUCCCCUCAUGAUCCGGACACGAAACCAGUGAUUACGCAUCCCGUUCAGAUGAAUGGACGUUGUUAAGUUUUUCGACAAUAAUCAGCUGGUGGAAACUAGUAUUUUUCUGCUAAUACACUUUGCUCGUCAGACCCCGAUAAUGCAUAUAUCACUAAUAUCUGUAUAACUGAAAUGUUUUUUUCACGUGAAAAUUUUGUCGAUACCCAUCUGGACACGUGAAAGUUUAUAUUAUGAACGAACUGGUAGUUUCUAUUAAAUACUGUCAUUUGUUAUAAAAAAAUGGGUCAACGCUUGAA